CUGAGGACUCUAAACUAAUACUUACGGAGUAAAAUGGUGAAUUGGAGAAGGAGGAGAGGGUCAUUCUCAUCUUGGCUACUUAUUCUGUUGCUGUUUGCUCUGAGGGAGAUCCAGACAGCUCACCACAAACAUGAAAUGAAACAUAUUGCAGUAGGCACAUCCCAAACUCUUCUGGACCUCCUUAGUGUUGGUCUCAUUGAUGACAUUCAGUGGGCUUCCUAUCACAAAUCAAACCAUCAGAUCGUGACAAAGGCAGCCUGGAUGGCUGAGGCCGUGGGAAUGAACUUCAUUGAGGAGAUGCGACAUUUGACGCUGAACCAUGAGGGAGAUUACCAGUUUGUCAUCCAUUACUUGACAAGAAAUGACACCAAGACUGAGAGGAAUCACACUUUGCAGAUUCUUUUCAAUUGUGAAAUAGAUGGAAAUAUCCAGCUGAGCAGCCUUGUAAAGUAUGGCUUGGAUGGAGAAGAUUUGAUCCAGAUAGAGCGGCUGGAAGGACAGUGGGUGGUUCUGAAUCCUAAGGCUCACAGCUUCAAAUUAAUUUUGGAAAGUCCUUUCUGGACUGAAGUGAGAAAACGUUACAAUAACAGAUAUUGUGUUGGAGUCAUGCAGAAAAUCCUUCAGAAUUCAAGCAUGAAAGAGAAUCUACCACCCGAGGUCUAUGUGUCCCGCCGAGAUUUCCCCAAUGGCACUAUCAGAUUCUCCUGUACAGCCACAGGCUUCUACCCACAAUCCAUCCUGCUGCACUGGAAGAAGGGGAGUGAUGGUGUUAUAUGGGGGAAAGAGAGCUCCAGUGGCACCCUGCCUAAUUCUGAUGACACCUUCUACCUCCGAAUCUGCCUGGAGAUCCAGUCAGGAGACACAGAGACAGGUUAUGCUUGUGUGGUAGAUCACAGUCAGCUGGAGGCACCAGCUGUGUACCCUGUCCCUGAGAAGCCCUCCCAGUGGAAUCUGCGGGCUGUUGCCCUGAACAUCCUUCUAGCAGCCAUCCUGAUGAUUAGCUGUUUUGUGGUCUUCACCAAAUGGAAGAAGAGAAAGUCAGGGAUCAGGGCAGGGGUGACCCUGCUGGGGGUCAGGACCCACUUGGCCUUCUACAUGGGUGGUGUAGAGGCUGGAGCAGAGCUUCAGGCACAGGUGAAAGCCUAA